UCGGUAGUAGUUUCAAUUCAACCGCUCCCACGAACGCGUCAACGGGUGAGCGUUCGAUCUGAGUGUUCACUAUUUUUCUAUAAAGUUCCAAAGUAGAAAGCCACAGAACAACAAAUCAAAGUAACGGAAAACAAUAAAAAAAACGAAAUAAAUUAUCGUACAUGUGAUAUAAUAAUUAUGUAUGUAACAAGAACUAUAAUGACUUUUUGCUUAAUUGCAAUAUUGUUCAUCGUGUCCACAUCAAGCAAAGACAUUUUACAGGAAUCAAGAAGGUUCCGCCGUGAUGUAGGGAAUAAAACCGAAAGUACGAGCGGCUUUUCAGAGGAUGACGUAGGUUGGACUAAUAUCAAUGCUGAAGUUGAUGUAGUUACACCCAUGGUGCUAUUACAUCUUCAAAAGCUCGGUAUAGAGCACUUACAGCUUCCAGACAUGAAAGAGAGCAUAUCUGUUAAGCCUUUCUUCAUCACCUAUGAGGCUGGCCUGCACCUGACCAAUGGAAUUGUCUACAAUCUCGCAGGCAUACGGAGGCACAACAAUGCAUUUAUGACAUACGAAGGCAAAUCGUUUUUGAGUCGAUUUUAUUUAAAGAUAGAUAAACUUCAGUUUGAAUACAACUUUCAACUCAAGUUAAUGGCAAUUGAAGGAUAUGGAAAAGUGCUUGGAUCAUUGGAUGAUACGAUUAUAUAUGCAGAGCUCGCUGUUAAUGUAAUCAAUUCAAAGCUUCAUCUCUACGAUUUUCGUAUAAUUGAAUUCAGCAAUAUUCAUGUUCAAUUGGAUCAAGCUCGAAUAAUUCGUCAGUUUACUGGACUUAUUUUAAGUCCCAUUACAAAUCUAUUUAAGGAUCGAAUUACAACAUCAAUUGCUGACGGACUAAAGGAACAAAUGCAGACAGUAAUGGAUGACUUUAACAACGAGGAUCCUUUGGAACUACGAAAAUUUACAAAGAAACUUCUAUCGGGAAUAACAGGAACUUCAGCUGAAACGUUGCAAUAAGUAUUAACUAUGUGCAUAUUUAAGGAGAAAAGUAUUAAAUAGGAAUACGGGAAAUACAAUUAAAAAUCUGUAUUUAAAUUAGUAA